AUGCCACCAGUCAGCGAAUCCCGUCCCUUAAGGCCAAUGCAGGUCCUUUCCCUCGGCAUGCCCAAAACAGGCACGGCAUCCAUGGCCGCCGCCUACCGGAUCCUGGGCUACCAAGACGUGCACCACGGCAUCGACGCCAUCUUCUCAUACCCCUCCGAUUUCGAGGUCUUCAUGCGCGCCGCCGACGCUUCCUUCCCCAGCCUACCCACCUACACGGGGAAGCCCUUCACCCGCGAGGACUGGGAUGACGCCUUCGGGCCCUGCGAGGCCGUCACCGACCUCGCCCCGCUCUUCGCGCCACAACUGAUCAGGGCAUACCCGGAGGCCAAGGUCGUGCUCGUCGAGCGCGAGAUGGAGUCCUGGUACCGCAGCACGGCGGCGGCGCUCGACAUGUUCUUCGGCGCCGUGCCUACCUUCUUCAUCGAGGUCGUCGAGCCCGUCAUCGGCUCCUGCACGGGCCCGGCCAGCAAGAAGCUCCUCCAGGGCUUCUACGGAGCGAGAACCGGCGAGGAGGCCAAGGCGAACGCGAGGCAGCGCUACGUGCAACACUACGAGACGGUCAGGAAGAUGGUGCCCAAAGAGAAGGUGCUGGAGUUCCGUAUGGAGGACGGGUGGGCGCCGCUGUGUGAGUUCUUGGGCAAGGAGGUGCCCGACGUCGAGUUCCCGCGCCUAAACGAGGCGGCGGCAUUCAAAGAUAUGGAGAGAGAGUGGAGGAUGACGCACUGGACAAACUUCAAGAGGAUAUAUGGGCGAUGGGUCGUCGCGGCAGGCACUCUGGGGCUGGUUUACGCCGCGAAGCGUAGUCUGCUGUAA